GCGUGUGGUUGUAUUCCUCCGACCUUAACGCGUGGAAAAAGGGCAACAAAUAUGGAAGAGAAAACCCAACCAGCGAAAAGAAAUCGGGUGUCGAGUCGUCGCACGGUGUUGCUCGCCAUAUCCCCUUCCCCCCUCCUCCCUGCGUCCCCCGGCUCCGGCGAUCCGCCGCACCUGAACCCUUCUCCACGUCGCCUCGCCGGUAAUCGACUACGUUCUCUUUCUUUAGGCAGUCGGUUCGUACCCCAAACUCGGAUUCCUCUUUCUGAUCCUCCUAUACACGCCGCGUCGAUUGUAUCGUCUUAGGUUGGGUUGAGGUGAGCCGAUCAGAUCCGAUCGGGGCCGGUCCUUGCGCCACUGCUGCGUGAGCUCAUCUCGGUCGCCCGCCUGCUCGGCUCGAUCGGCCGGGGACGGCGGCGGCCAGAUCUGCAAUGGAGGGCAACAAGGACGACGCGGCCAAGUGCCUGCGCAUCGGCAAGGGCGCGCUCGACGCCGGCGACCGCGCGCGCGCCAUCAAGUUCCUGUCCAAGGCAAAGCGCCUGGACCCCUCGCUGCCCAUCGACGACCUCCUCACCUCCCUUCUCAACCCCGAAGGCGACUCCCAGGCUUCUUCGCCCCCGCCGUCUUCACCACCGCAAACUGCCGCAGCAGGGGCAUCGGAGGCAGUUGAGGCUGAUGGGCUGAGAGAGAGGAAGCACAAGGGCAAGAAUAGGGAGGAGGAGGCGACUCCUGCUGCCAGGGAGUACACCGCAGAGCAACUCGAGGUCGUGCGCCAGGUCAAAAAGCACACCAGGGACUACUACCAGAUCCUCGGCCUGGAAAAGGACUGCAGUGUCGAGGACGUGCGCAAGGCCUACCGGAAGCUCUCGCUCAAGGUGCACCCCGAUAAGAACAAGGCCCCUGGCGCAGAGGACGCCUUCAAGGCCGUCUCCAAGGCCUUCCAGUGCCUGACAGAUGCUGAGAGCCGCAAACGUUACGACCUUGUUGGCUCGGAUGAGCCAGUAACACACCACAGGAGGGCCUCCACUGCCCGUGCAUACAAUGAGUUCUACGAGGAUGACUUUGACCCAGAUGAGGUAUUCAGAAACUUCUUCUUUGGUGGUAUGGCGCCUGCCACCACCAGGCAGUUUGGACAGUUUAGAACUUUCCAUUUCAGGACUGGUGGGAUGCAUGCCCACGGCACACAAAGCACUGGUGGCUCACCUGUCAGGAUGCUUAUUCAGCUGUUGCCUGUCCUACUGCUGCUGUUGCUCAACUUUCUGCCAUCCUCGGAGCCUGUCUACUCGCUCUCUCGUUCCUACCCUUAUGAGCAUAAGUUCCAAACCCCCCGUGGAGUUCCAUACUAUGUCAAGAUGUCUAAUUUUGAGGAGCAGUAUCCACACCAAAGCACUGAGCGAGCAACAGUGGAGCGGCAUGUUGAGAGGGAUUAUUAUUCCAUAAUCACACAGAAUUGUAGGGUCGAGCUGCAGCGUCGCCAAUGGGGCUUGUCAUACCAGACACCACAUUGUGAUAUGCUUCAAAAGUUUGAGGCAACAGCACAGUAAUAAUUCAUCCAAUGGUGGAAGUUCAUUGACUCGUAGGUUGACAGGGAGAAGAGAAUGCUGGCCUCAUGAAAAGGUGCUGCCUUAGCUGCCAGCCUCAUGAAAAGGUGCAAUAAGUAACUUGGAUGAUUAUACACCACUGCCCAGAUGAUCUCUUAGUAGUGUUAAGGGGCGCAUCACGACAUCACGUAGCUACUUCAAAAGGAGGAGGAUAUGUAAGCUUCAUAGGAGAUGAUCGCAUGCAAACCAGUGUAUGUAUAUGGAGUAUAUCGAUCUAAUGCUUUAGGGCUCGUUCGUUGGCGGUUCCAGCUAAAUUUUGUAUUAACAUUGAUUAGCUAGAACAGUUUCUAGCCUCAGCCCAAGCUAAAUUUGAAGUGAAGACUUUAGGUAAAACAGAAAUGCAACUAUAACACAACUGGGUUAAUUUUACAUUCGCUCGGAUGCUGAGAUGUCCAAUUUUCAAUAGUGAUGUAAGUAAAGAGCACCGAUAAUCUUUUUCCAUAAAAAUUCUCUAGAAAUGUGUCAUCUUAGUGA